ACAGUGCAGUGGCUGUAAUGUAUUUGAUGUUCUCAUUGGUGCCCCCCCCUCUAACGUGUCACAAUUUCUGGUAGAUUAACCCAGAUAUGGGGAGCAUCAUCAGGUGUUGAAGUACCACUCACGCUCUCUUAACCCUUGUCUUCGAGGCAUCCACCUGCAGGAACAAGCACCUGCUGACUGAAAAAAAAAGUUCAGGAACUUGUGUAACCAACUCAGGAACAACACAUAUUUCAACAUGUUUUCUUCCAUUUGAUCGAUUAUUUUACCAACGCCUUGUGCCUUUAAAAUACAUAUAGUUCGAGACUCCACCAACAUGCUAUACUCUUCAUCUUCAACAUUGCCAAUGUAUUUAUUGAUGACGUCUCUGCUGGUGAUGGGCCUGGAGGCUGCGGCCACUGCAGGGACCACUCCGGGCUGCGCGUCCUGCGGCAUGCCGCUAAUGGAGAAGGAUGCGGAGCAGAGGCUCCUGGUUGAAAUCGCAAAGCAGCAGAUCUUGAACAAGCUGCACCUGAAAGAGAGACCAAAUAUCACAUCGACUGUGUCCCGCGCUGCACUUCUCACCGCGCUCCGCAAACUGCACGCGGGACGUGUCAGACCGGACGGAACCAUUGAACUUGAAAACAAGAUCAAGGAAACCAAAGAUCCGGGAUAUGAAAUAGUGAGCUUCGCAGAAAUGGAUGAGAUGAACACUACUACUGGCGCCCAGCCAGGCCUCACCUUCCAGUUUCAGCAGGAGAGAGACCACAGCAUCCAGGUGCUUCAGUCUGCCCUGUGGCUGUAUGUCCACUCCUCCGACACCCCAAACCGGGGUCCCCGCCCCAUCGCCACAGCCCACAUCUAUCUGUCUAGCCCUGGGGAGAGCAGAUCCAACCACACCCUCCUCUUGGAGAAGAUCUUGGAUGUGCAGAAGAGCAACUGGCAUACCUUCCCCAUCACCCACACCUUACAGGCCUUCAUGGACGGGGGCAAGCGGCAGCUACAGCUUGAGGUCACCUGCAAGGAGGCCGGGUUUGAGCCGGGCCAAGGCCAGAACCUGUGUGAGUUGGGUAAGACCAUGGACAUGGCUCAUCAGCCAUUUGUGGUGGCCCAGGUGCGGCUCCGUGACAACUUCAAACACAUCCUCCAGAGGAGGUCCCUGCGAUGCGGGGACAACGUCAGCGUUUGCUGCAAGAAGGACUUCUACGUCAAGUUCAAGGAUAUCCAGUGGCAGGACUGGAUCAUAGCUCCAGAAGGGUACCAUAUGAAUCACUGUAUGGGUCAGUGUCCCCAGGCCCUGGCCGGGUCUCCAGGCAUUGCGUCUUCUUUCCACGCCACAGUGUUCAGUCAGCUUAAAGCCAACGGCAUCAAUUCAGCGGUGUCUUCUUGCUGCGUGCCCAUCCAGCGUAGGCCUCUGUCUAUGGUCUACUUCAACUCACAGCACAGCAUUGUCAAGACCGACGUCCCUGAUAUGAUCGUAGAGUCCUGCGGCUGCACGUAAACACACAAAAGAGAAAGACCAGACAUUCAGCUUAUGAUGCUUUUAGUCUGAGAAGACUAGAUUGAAUUUGUUACACACACACACACACACAUAAUAAUUUAAGGUAUUCUGUCUCUAUCAAUUUGAUAGAGGGACUUUGCACAGAAAGUGAGAAUGAGACUUCAAUGUCUUGUAACUGGCAGACCUGGUUCAAAUACUAUAUAGGCUAUUUCAAUUACUUUCAAAGACAUUUACAAGUAAGUAUUUCAAUAUAUAUAUAAAAUAACAUCUUUUUUUUUUUCAAGACAUGUAGUUGAAUAUUGUAAUAUAUUUGGAAAUACACUUGGAAAGUAUUUGGAAAUACACUUGGAAAGUAUUUGGAAAUACACUUGGAAAGUAUUUGAAAAUACACUUGGAAAGUAUUUGGAAAUACACUUGGAAAGUAUUUGGAAAUACACUUGGAAAGUAUUGGAAAAUACUUACAUACACUGACUCAAAUACACUCCCAGGCAUUUGAAAAUAGUAUUUGAAAUAAAUAUUUAGAAAUACUUUCAAAUAGAAGUCUAUUUAUGGGAAAAUAUUUGAAAAUACUUUCAAGUAAAACUCAUUCUGUAUUCGAAACGUUCUUGAAAUCCACAGAGCUACAUGCUACACUCUUAGAUAAAGGGUUCCAAAAAGGUUCUUCAUCUGUCCUGAUAGGAGAACCCUUUUCGGUUCCACAUAGAGCCCUUUUUAGGUUCCAGGUAGAACCAUCUGUGGAAACGGUUCCACAUAGAGCCCUUUUUAGGUUCCAGGUAGAACCAUCUGUGGAAACGGUUCCACAUAGAGCCCUUUUUAGGUUCCAGGUAGAACCAUCUGUGGAAACGGUUCCACAUAGAACC